AUGUCAAAAUUACUCUACCCAGGAAUCCACACCUUCAGUGUUCCGGCAAAAAAUUUGAUGUUUGAAUAUGUCGUGCAUCGUCCGUCCACCGAAAACGAAGAUCUUCGCAAUCUAGUUGUUGUUCAAUGUCCCGGCUGGGGCUUAGGAUCUCAAUAUCUUCAAAAAGGACUGCAGGCAUUAUGGAGACCGGAAGACCACUUCAGAACCGCAACUAAUAUCGGAUAUGCUGUCAUCUUCUUCCAUUCUCGUGGAACGGAUGGGUCAUCCCGACCACUGGCAUCCCAAAUGAGUAGCAUGCCGGAUCUUGCGUCCGACUUGGAGGAUUUCCGCCAGCACCUGCAUGUGGAACGAUAUCCGGUUUUAAUGGGCCACUCAAAUGGCGGAGCUAUUGCGCUAGGGUACGCAGAGAUGUAUCCCAGUCGUGUUAGCAAGCUUGUUCUCCUCGAUCACCAGCUAGUGGGAUUUCAAGAUAAGAGAUUUCUACAGCUUGAAGCGACGCGCAUAGAUCCUCGAUACCAGGAUGCUUGGGACUGUGUGCAGGAUCGACAGACUGGAUCCGACGAGGAAUUUACAGAGUCGGUGCGAAACAUGUGGCCCUUGUACUUCUUUGAUCCGCAGCAGUACGUUCCGGAGCUACUGCAUGAUAUUGGAGAUCGCGAGUUGUCGCUUUGGUGCUACCAAGCCCAGGGGCGAUGUGACAGAGAAUUGGGGGAACCAAUGCAAAUGGUGGAGAGGCUUGGUGAUGUACAGGCAGAAACACUCAUCAUCUUCGGCCGCGAAGAUAUGAUCUGCGGAAUAGGGAUUGCGGAACGGACAGCAACUGAUAUCCAAAAUGCCCGAGUAAUUACCUAUGGCGAAUGUGGGCAUUUCCCUUGGAUUGAGAAAAAGGGACAGACCAUAUUGGAUAUCCGUAAAUUCAUCGAGAAAGGAGGCUAG